AUUUUGCAGAUGAACUAACACGAUGGCAAUAUUUACACAAAUAUUGAGCUAAGCAAAGGAAACCAUCUCGAUAUCAUAUUAAACUACGGGCUUGUUGUAGUAGCUCGUUAAAUCUGUCAAGUGUAGACAUGAGUAAUCGACCAGUACCCGGUAUUACUACGUUAUCAGUCAACGGUAAGAGCAACCGGAAGUGGGAACCCACAGUUGUUCAGCAAGGAUUCAUCCCCUGUCAUGAAAAGGUCUCGUCUUCGGUUCAAAUGCCACGAAAACAUGCCUACGAAAAAGAUAAAGAUACUGUGCCAUUUACAUCAUCCACACUGUUUCGGGUCCUCAUCUUUGUCGUCUUAACACUCCAAGCUACUUGCUAUUUCUCUUUGCUUCGCUACUCUAGGACAAGAUCAAACGAAAUGUACUUUACUUCUACGGCAGUCUUUCUCGCAGAAGUUGUGAAACUUUUCACAACGUUAGUGGUGAUCUUUUUUCAGUGUGGAAAUGUAAAAGCAUUUACUUCAUAUCUCAUUGACAACUUGUUUGUGGAUCGCAAGGCUACAUUUCGUCUGUCUGUGCCAUCUUUAUUGUAUGUCGUACAAAACAAUCUUGUUUAUAUUGCAAUGACACAUUUGGAAUCAACAACAUUUCAGAUUACUAAUCAGCUAAAAAUCCUUACCACAGCUGUAUUCUCCAUUCUCCUACUCAACAAACAACUUACAAAAAUAAAAUGGAUUUCACUUGUCCUCUUAGCUAUUGGAGUAACAAUGGUUCAGAUUGACACCCACACAUCAGUGGAAACUGAAAUGUCCACAACUAGUUCUGUAAAGAGCCAACAAUCAGCUUUUCUUGGAUUUACUUCUGUUCUUGCAGCUUCUAUGGUUUCUGGAUUUGCCGGUGUUUACAUGGAGAAAAUCUUCAAAACUGGAAAAAGAAAGCUGUUUUGGAUCUCAAAUGCACAACUGUACACUUUUGGAAUCUUUCUAAGCUUUUUAGGAGUGGCGUACCAAGAUGGAGUAGAAAUAGCUAGAAUGGGCUUCUUUCAUGGGUAUGACAUUAUUGUUUGUCUGGUGAUCUUGUUUGCAUCAGCUGGUGGAAUUAUUGUCUCUCUGAUUUUGAAAUAUGCAUCGUGUAUAACAAAAGGAUUUGCCACUUCUUGUGCCAUAGUUCUUUCAAGUUUAGUCUCUGUGUAUGUGUUUUAUUUUAUUCCAGGUGUGUUGUUUAUCUUGGGGGCUGUGUCUGUUAUUGUUUCUGUAUUGUUGUAUAGCUGUUAGAAGCAGCUUUGGAUUUGAUUUUUUUUUAAAUGAUGAUGGUGAUGAUGGUGUGGAAAAACAAUGUAAAUGGAUCGAUGUCAGUAUCUGGGCAACUGCAACCCUACUCCCUCCUCCCUUAUAACCCAAGAACAGUCAACUGAUAAAAAGUUAAGGUAAAAGUGGGUUAGGGGAGGGGUAGUUAUUCAGUUAAUCAGAUUUUGACAUUGAUCCCCAAAUAAUUUACAAAUAAUAUUAUUAAUAUAAUAAUAAUAAUGAAUAGAUCUUUUGUGGAGUGAAUUCUACAUUACUAUUGUUGUAAUUUUCAAUGAGGAGUAGAGGCUGAAUAACUUAUAAAGUCAAAAGCACUUUAUAUCAUAGUUAGGAAAUUUGUAUAAUUUGUAAUUUUGUCAAUAGCAUGUUCUUGCCUCAUAAUUCCAUGUGUACACUGAUGGCAUGUGUCUGCAAUGAAGUGUUAUGGAGGGAGUUUCUCUGUCCAAAGUUAACACACAUUUUUUUAAUUAACUAUGCAAUUGAAAUGUUAUGAAACAAUAUUGUUUCAUUUGUCUUCCAUGUGUUCAUCAAAUUACUGUGUGUAGCAAUUGGGAAGUUUGGAGAGCACUUAACUGAGGAGCUGCAGUUACUCUCAGCCGUGCUAUGAGAAAUGCUUUUACAUCUUUUGUUACCUUCAAACUUCCCAUGGGCUUCAAAUCUGAGCCAAAGCAACAAUUUUUAUGUCAUAAGAAUCAUUAUUGUUGACGUAGUGGGAGGUACAGGAUCUGGACACCAAGGGUGAAUUAAUUACGUUUUUAAAAUAUUGGUUUGUGAGGUUUGAAAUACAUUAACAUUAAAGAAAAUUGUUUGGGUCUCAGGAAAAUGAAUGUUUUUUUUUAUCUGAGACUGAAUAUUUGUUGAGUGAGAACUGUGACUUCAAUAAAAUGAAAUUCCUAUAUUUUAUGGAAAUUUACAAAAAUUGCAAUUGGGUGUUGAUUAAAAAUUCAUGUUGUGUGUCAGUCAAAGUUUUCUAUUUGCAGAAAAUUCUCAUAUCACAGUGUGGCUGUUUAUGAUAGUAAAUAGUAGCUAGCUGAAAGCAUAAAUUUAUGUAAUUUUGGAUAGGAUAUUUUUGGAAGGGGAUUUAGUGGUUUAAUUGUGUGUAGCUAAAUUUUGAUCUUUGACAAUAUUCUAUUGGGUUGCAACUUGCUACAAAAUGAUGUGAAGUAUUUUUAUUAGUCAUGUAAAAAAAGGGAUUCAAAAUCAUUGUAUCAUGUAUGGCAGGUGGGUUCUGAUAGAGAGAAUUACAUAAAAUAUAGAUUUUAUGCAAAACA